UAGAAUUGCAUAUAUAAUUACAUAUCUUGUUAGUAUAGUACUCUGUAUUCUCUAAUUUCAUCUCUUUGGCAAUUGGCAUCCACAUAAAAUGUUCUUCAGAGGUUUCUGUUUUUUCUUUGUUUUAAUGGCUCUGAGUCUAAGUUUCGAGCUACCAAACCUGAAUUCUGAGACACUGACAUGCAAUCCAGAUGACUUAAGAGCCUUAACUGGUUUCUCCAAUUGUUUAGAAUCAACAAUUCCUGAAUGGAACUGGAACAGCACUGACUCUCCUGGUUGCUGCGCUUGGACUGGUGUCACCUGUGAUAAUUCCACUGGUUUUGACAGAAGGGUAGUUGGCUUGGAACUUGGCAGCAAAAGACUUGUUGGGAAGAUUUGUGGAUCUUUGGCAGACUUGAAUCUGUUAAGAGUUCUGAACUUCUCUCAUAAUUUCCUUGGGGGGUCCCUUCCAGAUGACUUGUUUAAUCUGCAAAACAUAGAGAUCAUAGACAUAAGCAACAAUGCUUUUGUUGGGUCCAUCAACAACAAAGGUAUGUGUACAAUAUCUACAAAAAUUCGAGUGCUAAAUUUCUCUAAUAACUAUUUUUCUGGAGAAGUUCCAAAAGAUUUGGCAAAUUGUACUUCCCUACAACAUCUCUCUUUUGAUGAAAAUAUUUUGUCAGGGAGUUUGCCUGAGAGUCUCUACCAGCUAAAAAAUCUUAGUGAACUGAAUCUUCAGAGUAAUAACAUAUCUGGGUCACUGAGUAAUGGAAUUGGUAACCUCUCUAACCUUGUUAAACUGGAUAUCUCCUUUAAUUUGUUCUCUGGAGUUCUUCCAGACAUUUUUACUAGACUAGCAAGGCUUGAGCAAUUCUCAGCCAGUUCAAAUUUAUUCAUUGGUCAUUUGCCUACUUCUUUAGUAAACUCCCCAUCACUUCAAAUGUUAAAUUUGAACAAAAACUCUCUAAGUGGUCCUAUCAACCUCAACUGUUCUGCAAUGAAAAAUCUUGUCUCCUUAGGUCUUGGUUCGAAUCUGUUCCACGGCCCAAUUCCUAAUAGUCUUUUCUUCUGCAGAGGAUUGAAAACACUCAAUCUUGGGCGCAACAACCUUAGCGGUGAACUCCCUCAUAACUUCAAGAAUUUGAAGUCUCUAACACAGCUUUCACUGUCAAACACUAGCCUUAGUAAUAUAUUAUCAACUCUUAGGAUUCUACAACAUUGUAGGAAUUUAAGUAUGUUGGCCCUUACAAGGAACUUUCAUGAUGAACAAAUUCCAAAUGAUGUGAGUCUGGAAUUCAAAAACCUCAACAGUCUAAUUCUUGCCAAUUGUCAACUCAGAGGUCCAAUCCCGGAAUGGUUGAGUCGUUGCCACAAGUUGCGGUUUUUGGAUUUGUCUUGGAAUCAUUUGGGUGGAAACAUACCAUCAUGGUUCGGAAAGUUUGAAUCUCUCUUUUACUUGGAUUUGUCAAAUAACUCUCUCAAAGGUGAAAUUCCAAAGAGUUUGACUGAACUUCGGAGCCUAAUAAGUGGGAAGGUCACAAUAGAAGAGCCUGUGUCAAGCUUUGAACUUCACACUGCUGGACAAGGUGGACCAAGCUUGAGUUAUAGGCAAAUUUCAAGCUUUCGACCAACUAUAGACCUGAGUUACAACAUUCUCCAAGGCCCAAUCUGGCCAGGUUUUGGGAAUUUGAAAAGGCUUCAUGUUUUGAAUCUGAAAGAGAAUAAAUUUUCAGGCCCUAUUCCAAAUGAUUUAUCAGGCAUGACAGGCUUGGAAAAACUUGAUUUGUCUCACAAUAAACUAUCAGGAGAGAUACCUCAUUCAUUGAUAAAUCUUAGCUUUCUGUCAAAUUUCAACGUAUCCUAUAAUCAGCUGUGUGGGAAAAUUCCUCAAGGAAGCCAGUUCGAUACUUUUCUGAAUACAAGCUUUGAGGGAAACAAUGGUCUUUGUUAUGCACAGUGUACUUGCCAGUCUGAACAAAUUCCUAUUCCAAAGAGAAAGAGGACAAUUAUUGGUCUACCAUUUAAAAUUGGAGCUGCAACAGGUUUUGUUCUUACUGUCAUUUGUUGCUUCAUAUCCGGAUGGGCACUGCCAAAGCCGCACAAAAGGAAGUACAUAAGAUUUGUUACCUCAUAAGUGACAGUAUGACCAGAUUUCCUUGUGUUCAUUUGGAAAUCGGAUAGGUAAAAUAAUAUUUAUUUUUUAAUCGUAGUACAGUUAUAUGUAGCUUCCAUUGUGGUUGGAGCUUUAAUUGUAUUUCUCCUAAUGUUAACCAUGUAGCUUAUUUGUUA